AUGAAUGGCAUGAGCCGCACAGAGGCAAUGGAACUGUUGCUGCGCACAUGCUCCUGCGAGGGUGGGCGGAAGGACGUGGCCCGACUGUUGGACCUGCAGCGUGUUGCAGAGGAGCGCGUAAGUGACGUGGAUGAGGCGGUAGAGGUGGAGGAGGAGGGGGAGGGUGUGAGCGCGGUCGAUGAGGUAUUUCGUCACCUCAAUGAGGAGGAUGGGACUCCCACGUGCCACAUGGAUCCCCCACCACUCUUUACCAUAAACGCCAAGGAACUCUGGGAGGCAUUUCCCUCGUGGUGCCGCGACACUGAGGUGUGUCGUCGACGGGAUGGCGGUGCCUCUCAUCCACGGCGCUCCUUUGUGUGCUGCGCAUGGAACUCCGCGCGCGUUGCGGGCGGCCUCACGUCGACGGGGAGUAGGCGUCCGGCGGUGGUGUACCGAAGCCCGUGGGUAGGCCGCUACCAGGUGCCCCUCACCACAGUGGGUCUCGAUGGUGAUGAUGACGACGACGACGGCGGCGUGAAACAGUUGGAGAAGGAGGCAAACACCAUCGCAGCAGCACAGGCGAAGGAGUUAUUGUUGGAAACAGUGGACUAUGAAACGUCAGACGUCUUUAGCAUGGAGCUGGGGCGGCGGCUCAACCACGCGCUGCAGGAGUACGCCGUGCAGUACCUUGGCACAUCGAGCCGCACGCCCAACGAAGGAGAGGCGUCUGCGGCUUCGUCUACUUGUAUGUGCGCUGCAAGUGCAUUUGUGCGUAGAGUCACAUCCGUGGAUGUGGCGGCGGAGGUUGAUGGCCCCGUGAUGCUGGAAGUGGUGGCAGUGGUGUGCGUCGACGCUGCAUCAGAGUCGCUGCAACCGAGAAUGUCUCUCUUCUCUGCCAACGCAGUAGACAGUGAAGGGGAGCUAGAUGAGGCAUCGUGCACGAUGCCCCCUGCCCCUUUUUCGGAGGGGCCGCCGCAGAGACGAUGGUCCGCGGGGCACGCGUUUCAGCUGCAGCUGAGCACCACACAGCUACAGCUCCGUCACGACAGUGCCCAUCUUGUGUUGAACACUAGUAUACGGCACCACGAAAGUAAGACGCUUGCAGGCAACAGUUAUGAUAGUGUGCGGCUCUUCCCCAAACGUCACGGACGCCCAGAAACAUUGCCACUUCCACGGCGGGCAGAAGGGGACUCCGAGUUGAGUACAGCACCCCGACACGAGAAAAAGUCUGACAAUGCGGUCCUCGAAACGGUUGACCUGGACGCCCUUGUGUGCCUUUUAUGUGCCCGUGUGGAAAAGUCUGACAAUGCUGUGGCGUGGCAUGUUGUGGCACCAGUCGUGCGUGUGACACUGCCGCUGAUGGCACCAUCUCCAGCCCGAGUGUGGGACAAGGUGUUGCACAGAGGGUCCGGCCUUGUCGCCGCUGCCGCUCUGAAGGCCGCAGAGCUGGCCGGCAAUUUCAGCGAGACGGCGUGA